AUGAAGCCUCGGUCUAUACUCAGCUUGCUUUUCCUUCCGCAAACCAUCUCAGCGUCUGAACCAUUCUUUGACCAUGAAAAUGGCUUGCCAGCAACAUGGUGCUUCACUUACUUAUCGACUUACCUGGAGCCUACGAGUAUAGCUGCUGGCUCAACAGGACUGGAGACGGCACUGAACUCAACUUCCAUCGCUAACGCACCUUUGUCAACGGAAACAACCAUUGGGCUUUCCACAAAUCCUACACUUGGGGCUUCCGCAACGCUGAGCUUUUCUCUCGGCACCUCCCUCCCGGCUACGGAACAGAUUGGUGCGCCGGCAACGACCCCGUUGACAAUACCCACUUCGUCUCUACAACUGUCUUCGUUUUCUGUUGCUGCAUCUGAUACUUCGUUGACUUUGCUCACCACAACUUCGUCCGCAAGUCUGACCUCUAGCAGACUAGCCCCGACCACUGCUACUAGCUCCGGCUCAUCUACGUCGAUAUCCGCGCAAGCUGCUGAAACUGUGAUCUUCUUCGUUGCUCCAGGCUCAACUUCGACUGUGAGACGAAAUCUGAAGAAGAGGGUGAUGGGUGGUUUCGUGAACCACAACACCAACGCAGAUCGUCAGCUAUGCAACACCGCAACAGUGUUUUCCUUGGUCGCUGGCGAAUUACUAGAUGGUGGCGUACCAGUGUAUUACUCUCCAGGUGAUAGCCAUAAACCUCUCAAUGCUAUGGGGACGCGACCGAACAACGCCAUUACAACAACAUUCAACGUCUUUGAUGGGGUUCUUCGGUUUUACCAUCCAUCUCUCCCUGGUAGCCAGGCAAGCUUCUGUCAAGAUGCUACUGGGCAGGUCCAUGUCACCUUUACGUCCAGACCGCCUGAUUGCGAUCCAGUUUCUCUCUUAGCAUAUGGAGGCAUCAACAUUCUCGGCGAGCAUUUCCGACGCUUCUUCAAGCAUCUCGUCCUCGCUCACAACCACUCAAGUUCUUCGCUCAGCAGCUCAAGCACAUCUGCUACGCCCAUAUGUACACCUGGCGUCGAGUUCGCCGCCUACGUCUUUCCUCGAACUUCCGAGCCUUGUCAAGAGCUCCUGCGCGUGUACUCUGAUUCGACCAAAAGCGCAAGGGAUCUGAACUUGACUACAGUCAUGCAAGGCAGAACUCCUCUUGGCACAGGCUUUACUCCGCUCGUCUCAUGGAGGACGAGCCCGAGUGACGAAACAGGUCCCACAAACAUCUAUGGAGUACGUGGCCCGGCGAACACUACGUGGAGCAAUUCGUGUGAUUUGAUCCAACACCGAGGCUACCUAAAGUUCAACGAAGCAAAGAUCUGGUUUCUGACAAUCGAUGUGCCUGAUGAUUUCGGGUUUGUUUGGUUUUAUGGUACAUUCUCGUCAUCUGUGGCCGGAGCUUACGGUGCCAAUGCCGGUCAGAUCACGGCAGACUACUCCCGUCGAGCCAGGGUGACUGCUGCGAACGUCCUUGUACGUGACUCUGAGAUAUACGUGCCUUUUCGCGCAUUGUUCCUCAACGCUGGCGGUCCCGGUAGCCUCAACAUGCCACUGCCGCCCGGCGUAGAAUUCGUAUCGGGUUGUUCCAACACGCCUGCUACUCCCGCUUUCCCUCAGUGGGAAGCGGAGUUGUGGACUCCGUAA